AUGGCACAGCUACCGUGGUCAGUUGUCACCGCGCGACCCGUGACCUUCGGCAAAGCCCGGCUAGCGGCCGAAAAGUGUUCACAGGGAAUCGCGCAACAAAUCGACAAUAAGCCACUUAAGAUGCGAUUAACGUCCAUGUUACAAGCGUUCGCCGAGGCUAUGCAAGAAUGCGAGAACAGCGAGGAGCUCAGAAACGUGACCAGCCACGUGCCAGGCAUGUCCAUGGUCAAAGCGAAGGGGGUGGUGCAAAUACAUCCGUCCUUUCUCGGGAACGCUUUGAAGGGCGUCUACACAUACCUCUCGAACUUCCUUAUGCAGUACAAUGAAGAACUGGGCGGCAUAUGGCUCACCUGCGGCAAGAUUCGCCAGCAGGACGAAUGUGGCUACGUCACAGACGGGGACUGCUUCGGCGUACUCUCGCUGAGCGUCACGCUUAAAAUGGUCGUCUUCUACCCGUUCAGCAGAAGCGUGAUCGGCAAGGUGGCCAGAGUCUCUGCGCACAGGGCGUCGCUCCUGGUCUACGGCAUAUUCGGCGUCACCGUCCGCUCCGUCGACGAGGCAAGUGAGGAGCACCACGAAUUGACCGAGGGAUCUUUGGUGGACGUAGAAGUCGACGACGUGAAAAUUCUGCCCAAAAACAAAUGGGUCAUGCUCGCCACUGCCGUGGAACGCGUUAAACUUAUUACGUAG